AUGAGCACAACCGAGUCCAGCAAAGAUGAUGUGGUGAAGUCGCCGGAUGUCGAAAAAGUGAAAGACAACGGCGACUCUGCAGAUGGACAGGAGCUCAAGUUCACACCAGAAGAGGAAGAAAAAUACCAAGAUGCUCUGGACAAAUACGACGAUGCAAUCAAUUCCUGUCCCAAAUACCUGCAUUAUCCACGCGCAGUCAUCUACAGUAACAUUGCCGCCUGCCAUAUCCAGCUUGAGGAUUGGAAGGAGGCCAUAAAGUCAGCUUCUGAUUCCCUUGGAGCUCUGGAGAAGCUUGAGCAGAGUGACCCUCGACUGAGCCCUGACGGCAAUAAAGCUGAUGAAAAGAAAGAGAAGGAGGAAGACGAUGAUGUCGAAGAGGAAAUAAUCAGUAGUGGUGCCUCACGUGCCGCUCCAGUUUCUAGUGCAGACGACGAGGAGCUCAAAACCCUUCAGGCCAAUAUUCAACGCAUUCGAUGCAAAGCUCUUAUGCGAAGGGCUCGCGGUCGUUCCGAGGCUGGCGGAUGGCAUAAUCUUGCCGGCGCAGAAGAAGACUGCAAGGCCCUCGCCGCCAAACCUGAAAGCUUGGCCCCGGCAGACCUUCGAGUAGUUCGGAAGCAAUUACGAGACUUACCUCCUCGUGUCAAGGCAGCACAAGAGAAAGAGAUGGGUGAGAUGUGGGGUAAGCUGAAAGAUCUUGGAAACGGUAUUUUAAAGCCAUUUGGAUUGAGCACGAACAACUUCCAGAUGGUCAAGGACGAGAAGACCGGAGGCUAUAGUAUGAAUUUUCAGCCUGGAGGAAGCUCUUGA